AUGCUCAAGUUCAGCCUGCUCCAGCUCACCACGCUCGCACUCGUGCUGCUUGGCAGCCAAGAGGCAUUCGCCGCUCCAGGCAAGAAGCGCCCUGUCGAAGCCGUAAGUUUCUUUCAGCAGGCCGUCGCGAUGUUGAACCGCUCGCUCACCACCGUCCUCCUUUUGCAACAACAGAAACGCCUCCGCAACGAUGUCAAGCGCAAGGAUCUUCUCGACGGCGCCAAGAGGCUGCAGGAGAUCGCCUACGCCACCACGGAGCGCAACCGCGUGUUUGGCUCGCCCGGGCACAAGGCGACGGUGGAGUACAUCCAGAGCGAGCUGCGCAAGGCGGGCGACUACUACGACGUGUACCUGCAGCCCUUCACGGCGACGUACGCCGAGCACUCUGCCGAGGUGGCGAUCGACAACAAGGCGGUCGAGUCCAACACGUUCACCUACUCGCCCAACGGCGAGUUCAACGAUCUCGAACUCGUGCCCGUCAACAACCUCGGAUGUGACCAGGCCGACUUCCCCGCGAGCGUCGAGGGCAAGAUCGCACUGAUCAAGCGAGGCACUUGCGCAUUCGGCAUCAAGGUCGCACGCGCGGGCACGGCCAAGGCGGCUGCAGUGCUCAUCUACAACAAUGCGCCGGGCGAUGUGUCGGGCACGCUCGGCAGCGCCGGACCUACGCCCGAGGGCCCCUUUGUGCCCGUCGCCGGCGUCGACCAGGAGACCGGUGACGCUCUUGCGGCUCGUCUGGCUGCGGGCGAAAAGGUGACGGCCGACAUGAAGCUCGAGGGCGUCAUCGAGGACCGCACCACGCACAACGUCAUCGCCGAGUCGCGCGGCGGCUCCAAGGACCAGGUCCUCAUGCUGGGUGCGCACUCGGACAGCGUCACCGCCGGUCCCGGUAUCAACGACAACGGAUCCGGCUCGGUUGCGCUGCUCACCGUCGCCAAGAACCUGGCCAAGUACAGCGUGAACAACGCCGUCCGCUUUGCCUGGUGGUCCGCCGAAGAGUACGGCCUGUUGGGCGCCGAGCACUACGUAGGCGAGCUCUCGCAGGAGCAGAAGGACCAGAUCCGCAUCUACCUCAACUUUGACAUGAUCGCCUCGCCCAACUAUGUGCUGAGCGUGCACGACGGCGAUGGCAGCACCUUCAACACCACCGGCCCUGCCGGAUCGGCGCAGGCCGAGGCGAUGUUCUUUGACUUUUUCAAGAACGUCGCCAAGAAGCCGCUGAUCGAGGGACCCUUCGAUGGCCGCAGCGACUACGGUCCGUUCCUGGACGCUGGCAUCGCUGCUGGCGGUCUCGACACUGGUGCCGAGGGUCUCAAGACCGAGGAGGAGGCCAAGCUGUUUGGCGGCGAGGCGGGCAUCGCAUACGACCCCAACUACCACGCGGCUGGCGACACCAUCGACAACCUCGCCAUGGAGGCGUUUGAGGUCAACACCAAGGCCAUCUCGCACGCCGUCGCGCUCUACUCGACGUCGUUCGACAGCCUCGGCCCCCGCGCCAAGGUGGCAGCCAACCGCAGGGACGUCGUCAAGAAGGUCGACCACAGCAACCACCGAUGCGGCGGCGACCUUGCGCUUCUGUGA